AGAAGGACAUGCCAAACAGACCUCUGAGAGUGCGCGCCCUGUCUCCAGAUGGCAAGAUAUCUUUUCGGUGGAAGCCCCCUUAUGGAGCAGGCUUCAGGGGUCCGCGCAGCAGAUCCCAAGGUUAUGUCCGUGGGUACGGAGAGAGCAACCGAAGGAUGAGCUAUGCUCCGCUGCUGCAAGAGCGACAAAACCAGGAAGCGAGAAAACUAACCUCUGAGUCAGUUCAUGUGGUUUCGCUGCCAUCAAGGAGCUCCCAAGGACGGAGCCAACCUGUCUAUAGGUCAUCUUUAACUAAAAGGAAAGUCACAGAGGAGGAAGAGGUGGAGGUGCCACAAGACAUAACUGUUCGAGUUAUGUCCUCUCAGUCUGUGCUUGUUGCUUGGACAGACCCACUGUAUGAAACACAGAAGGUUGCAGCCACUAGGCAAUACAGUGUUCGCUAUCGGGAAAAGGGGGAAUCGGCAAGGUGGGAUUACAAGCAGGUGACCAACCGGCGGGCACUGGUGGAGAAUCUGAUGCCAGACACGAUGUACGAGUUUGCCGUCCAAAUCUUGGAGGGAGGAAAGGAAGGCAAAUGGAGUGUGUCUGUUUACCAGCGGACCCCAGAGGCGGCUCCUUCCAGCGCACCUGAAAAUUUGGAUGUUUGGCCAUUAAAGGGAAAACCAACCUCAGUAGCAGCAUCCUGGGAUGCUCUCCCAGAGAGUGAAGGAAAAGUCAAAGAAUACAUUCUUUCAUACGCCCCGGCUCUCAAGCCAUUUGGAGCAAAGUCCAUCACCUACUCUGGAGCUACAACAUCAGCCAUAAUAGAUGGUCUGCAGGCCGGGGAGCGCUAUAUUUUCAAAAUUCGUGCAGCGAACAGGAGGGGACCAGGUCCUCAAUCUAAAGCCUUCAGUGUUGCCAUCCCAGCAGCAGCUAAUUCAGAGGCUAAAAAACGUGGGAAUGCUGGCUCAUCUCCUUCUCAAACUUCUUCUGUUUCUUCAAAAGCCCAGCCAUCGCUUUCAUCUAAGCAGUCGUCUAUUCAUUCACCUAAUGUUAGUGAUAAAAAGAGUCUUCUUUCUGAAUAUAAGAAUAAAAUCUUGACUCGAGGGGUCAUAAAUAAGUCUCAGUUACCUUCUAGAAAGACAGGAGAGCUGGAACCUGAUCUCCAGUCCACUGAGGUGACAGAUGACAGUGAUUCCUCCCAAGAAGCUCCAACGACACCACCAAAAGCCCAGGAUCAGAGGAGAAAUGUUAGACCCUUGUCCCCUAGUCGGACGGUCCACCCUGUCCUUGCCCUAGGGAAGACCCCCGUUCGAACCCACACAUCAGAGAUGUCACAGCAGACAAGCACAGAGAAACAAGACCAGUAUAAUCCGAGGUUGUCAUCCACUUCUUCGAGACAAGCUCGUCCUUCAUUACCUACUCGCUCAAGGGUCGCUACAAGAACAGUGUCCCAAACAGAGAAAAAAUAUGGCCCGUUGCCCUCAAAAAUGUCCAAAGCUGAACUUCCUCGAAAAGUUCCUUCCUCUUCUUCAUCUAAAUCUCAUCAAUCAGUUUCUAAUGAAGAGGAUGAUUAUUACAGUGAAUAUGAUCCGAAAGAAGUGGAAGAGAAACCCACAUCUUUGGCAGCAAAAUGGUCCCCUUCUGUUUCUAGAGGUAACAAAAACACAUACGAUGACACUACUAGCAAUAAAAGGAAAUCUAUGGACACUCUUCAGCCUCACAAAGUAAGCUCUGAAGAGGAAGAGAAGGAAGAAAUUCCAACAUUUAAAAUAUCUUCUCCUGAAUCACCAGGAGGCUCUGCCAUAGCAUCACGGAUUACACAGUCCUCUAACAAGCACACCCCAUCUAAACCAAGCUUUGUCUGGCCACGUUCUUCUGCAUCUACCACCACACACACUGUUUCUCCAGCAGUUUCUUCUUCCACUUUGUCGCCUCGACAGCGACUGUUGAACUCCAGGCUACGGAGCCCUUCCCAGCGGCAAUUUGUUAGACCUCCUUAUAGACAAGGUUACAAUGGCAGACCUAAUCUUACAACAAAAAACGGAAAUGGAAAUGGAAAAAUAAUACCUGGUAAUAAUGGAAAACCAAGUGGACAGAGAAUAAUCAAUGGCCCUCAAGGAACAAAGUGGAUUGUAGAUCUUGACCGAGGGCUAGUGUUAAAUGUUGAAGGAAAAUACCUCCAAGAUUCCCAAGGCAACCCUCUCCGAGUGAAAUUAGGAGGGGAUGGACGUACAAUUGUUGAUGAAAAGGGUGCCCCAAUGGUGAGCCCUGAUGGAUUACCUUUGUUUGGACAUGGCAGAUUUAGUAAACCUGUAGCAAGUGCACAAGAUAAACCAAUAAUAAGCCUUGGAGGGAAACCUCUGAUUGGUCUUGAAAUGAUUAAGAAAACAACCACUCCCUCAACUACUACUACAACAGUACCCCCAACAACUACCACCACAACUACUACAACCACUACAACUGUUGCUACGACUACCACCACCACUCCUGAACCAACCACCACUGAACCACCCACUGAGAAGCCAGCCCCCACCUGUCCUCCAGGCACCUAUGCACAGUAUGAUGACGAGGGCAACUUGCUGUUGGGGUUCGAUGGCCUGCCAGAGUGCAAUGCAGAAG